UUUCAAGGUAUAUAUAUAAAAUCAAACAGCAAACGGAAACGCAACGAAGCCAUUGAAAUCAAAUCCAUACCUGGCAGUCUCAAAGCGUCAAAGCCGUUUCUAGCAACACACAAAUAUGUACUGUGAUAGUGCUUCAGAUUUUGAUCUCAGCCUCUUGGACUCGAUUCGUCAGUAUCUUUUGGAAGAUGAUUGUGAUACAAUUCCAGGACAGGUUGUGGAAAAUCUACCGAAAACUGAGCUUCAUGACGAUGCAAUUAAUGUUGAUCAAUGGAUAAACUUUGAUCAGUUGUUUGAUGCAGCGGAGGAGACGGUCGCCGUUAAUAAUGCUUCAUUUCCCAGCUUCGAAGUAAAUUUUCAAGUGGAGACUACUGCGGCUGUCCCUAAAUCUCACGCGCCGCCGAAGGAGGUAAAUUACAGGGGAGUGAGGAGAAGGCCGUGGGGGACAUACGCGGCGGAGAUAAGGGAUCCGAAACGAAACGGAGCGAGGAUCUGGCUCGGUACUUACGAGACUCCCGAGGGUGCUGCGCUAGCUUACGACAGAGCGGCUUUUAAUAUGCGUGGCGCGAAAGCGAAGUUGAAUUUUCCCCACCUCAUUGGCUCGAAUCAGGUGGAGCCGGUGAGAGUGAGAAGUAACAAGCGAAGAUCCCCCGAACCGUCAUCCUCUUGUUCAUCGGCUCAGUCGCCGUCAUCUACAUAGGAUGACGGAACUCCGAAGUCGAAACAGAUGAGGAGUGAGAAGUAUUCAAGUAUUAAAACUGAGUU